AUGGAAUACCUUGAUCAAAUAAAGGGUCUACGCGAACAAUUAGUCGAGGCAACUGAUCAAAUAGAAAAAGCAAAAUCUACAGUACAAGAAGAAAAGAAAGUCAUGGCGAAUGUAUUGGAAGAAGAGCGAAGAGCAAAGGAACGAGCAGAAAAGGCGCGCGUACAACUUGAAAGUCAAAUGGAACAACUCAUGGCAAGAAAAAGCAAAUUUAUGU